UAUGGUAACCACUGCGCAUACCGGAAGCGACCUUCUGCGUUUGGGCUAAUUUCUCACCGCUUCAGUAGUUUAACGCUGGUUGCACGCAGCUACAGGAAACAUUUCUGGUUCAGUUCUUUGGCGUAAUGUUUGGGGUUUAGAACAGCCAAUUUAUGGAAAUAUGCUAACGCGUGUUGGCUUUUCACCACGGAACAGAUUUAUACUAAAGGAGUGCAUUUUGACCGGUUAGCUAACGUUGCUGUAACUUAUUUCGUUGCUGUUUGUAAAGUUAACGUAACGCUAACAAGCUAUACAACGUUACGUUAUAGACUAGUAGCUAUCGACAUUAAACGCUUGUCAUUAAUCGCUUGUUUGGUCAAAAAGAAAAAAACUUGUAACUUUCAUUAAUUCAGGGUCUUUUACACGUCAGCACAAAACUCAUGCUAAACUCCCAAGUUAACAGUGAUUGCUAGCUGAGCAGACAACGUCAACUAGGAAUGUGGGUACCAAAACGGGUGAUAAAAGUUACCGUACCACCAUUUUUUUAAAACAAUGUUUUUUGUCAUUUCUGAAUAGGUUCCCUUAUAUUGGUUGACAACCAGUCGCUAAGGGUAGUCCCGACACCAUUGAAAAGUAACAUUAGCCAUAGCUAGCGAGGUAAAAAACAAGGAAAGUUUUCACCGGGAAGUAUAGCCAGUGAACCAGGUAGAGUCAUAGUACGCGUCACGCGAUACGCGUGGCCAGUGAUUUUGAGAAACAUCCGGAAUCUGACAAGUUGGCACGCUGUUAUUUUCACUCAUCCCUAAAGUACAGUUAACGUCAAUGUUUAGAUAACAGUAGCUGGUGAAUAAAGCUCGGCUAAUGAGCACUUCAAAUCGUGAUAACGUUCACAGCUUAGUUGACAUCUAACAAGUAAGAACUCAACAUGGGCUUGUUUCGGAGCGAGGAGAUGUGCUUGGCCCAGUUGUUUUUGCAAUCGGGAUCUGCAUAUGACUGCAUCAGUGAACUAGGUGAAUUGGGACUUGCAGAAUUCAGAGAUCUUAAUCCAAGUGUGAACUCCUUUCAUCGUAAAUUUGUAACCGAGAUUAAAAGGUGUGAAGAGAUGGAACGGAUUUUAGGAUAUCUACUAAGGGAGAUCAAGAAGUCAGAUAUCCCGCUACCUGAAGGGCAGGUGAAUCCAAUUGCUCCCCUACCUAAACAGGCUUUGACUAUAAUGGAGCAACUGCAGAGACUCGAGUCUGAGUUGAGUGAAGUGGCCAGGAAUAAAGAAAAACUACAGAAGAAUCUUCUGGAACUUACAGAGUACACCCACAUGCUGCACAUCACAAUGAAUUUUGCACAGCGGAACACAGAGUAUGAGUCUAUUCAGACCCAGUAUGAAGAGUUCCCUUUCUUGGAGAAAGAAUCCGUCAUGGAUUACACCAGCAUGCAGAGGCUUGGGGCCAAACUCGGCUUCAUCUCGGGCUUAAUCCAGCGGGUUAAAAUUGAGGCCUUCGAACGGAUGUUGUGGAGGGUCUGCAAAGGCUACACUAUCCUCAGUUACUCAGAGAUUGAUGAAUACCUUCAGGACCCUAAUUCGGGUGAAGAGACAAGGAGCGUGGUUUUUCUGAUAUCCUACUGGGGUGAUCAGAUAGGGCAGAAAGUGAAGAAGAUAUGUGACUGCUAUCAUUGUCACCUAUACCCGUACCCCAAUAGCAAUGAAGAGAGAGCUGAUGUGAUUGAUGGGCUGAAAACACGUAUCCAGGAUUUGCACACAGUUCUUCAUCGGACCGAGGACUACCUGCGCCAAGUGUUGAACAAGGCGUCUGAGUCCGUAUAUACCUGGGUGAUCCAGGUAAAGAAAAUGAAGGCCAUCUAUCAUAUUCUAAACCUCUGCAGCUUUGAUGUCACCAACAAGUGCCUCAUUGCAGAGAUCUGGUGCCCCGUCAAUGACCUACCAGCCCUGCGGAGGGCACUGGAGGAAGGCUCGCGGAGGAGUGGAGCCACGGUGCCAUCCUUUGUGAACCGCAUCCCCAGCAAUGACACUCCACCUACUCUCAUCAGGACCAACAAGAUCACUUCAGGCUUCCAGAACAUCGUGGAUGCCUACGGUGUGGGCAACUACAGGGAAAUCAACCCAGCUCCGUACACCAUCAUCACAUUUCCCUUUCUGUUUGCUGUGAUGUUUGGAGAUCUGGGCCAUGGCACCAUAAUGGCCUGCUUUGCUCUGUGGAUGGUGCUGUACGAAAAUGACCGUAAAUUGAAGCACACCAGAAAUGAGAUCUGGAACACGUUCUUUGAGGGCCGCUACCUCAUUCUACUGAUGGGACUGUUUUCGGUGUACACGGGACUUAUCUACAAUGAUUGCUUCUCCAAGUCCCUCAACAUCUUUGGCUCUAGCUGGAGUGUGAAGGCCAUGUUCACCCACGGUAACUGGACGCACGAAGCAAUACGCAAAGCUGGCGUGCACACUCUUGAUCCCAAUGUCAUGGGUGUCUUCAGUGGGCCUUAUCCUUUUGGCAUUGAUCCAAUAUGGAACAUAGCAUCAAAUCGUCUCACUUUCUUGAACUCUUAUAAGAUGAAAAUGUCUGUGAUUCUGGGAAUCAUUCACAUGAGCUUCGGGGUCGUCCUUGGGGUCUUCAACCAUCUGCAUUUCAGAAAACCCUUCAAUGUGUAUUUGAUGUUCAUCCCUGAGCUCCUCUUCCUAUUAUGUGUAUUUGGGUACCUAGUCUUCAUGAUCAUUUACAAAUGGCUGGCGUUCUCUGCUAAGGACUCUAGGACUGCACCCAGCAUCCUCAUCCACUUUAUCAACAUGUUCCUAAUGCAAGGGGACACGGUCCAGCCUCUUUAUUCAGGACAGGCUGGUGUGCAAGUGUUCUUACUGGUCAUUGCCUUUCUGUCUGUGCCCGUCCUCCUUUUGGGAAAACCAUUGUAUCUUUACUGGCUCCAUAAAGGCAGAAACCAUCUCCAUAUGUAUCAGGGCUAUGAGCGGGUAAGACGCUGCAGUGAAGAAGAGCUGUGCCUUGUGAGGACUAAUGAUGUGGAAGAGGGCAACAGCCAUGAGAGUCUGAUGUCCAGUUCAGAAAGCCAGUCAGAAGAGAUUGACUUUGCUGAUGAGUUCUUGCACCAAGCUAUUCAUACCAUAGAGUACUGCCUCGGCUGUAUCUCCAACACCGCAUCCUACCUAAGGCUAUGGGCUCUUAGUUUGGCACAUGCACAGCUGUCGGAGGUGCUGUGGUCGAUGGUGAUGCGCGUUGGGCUACGGGUCGACACCAGAGUGGGUGUCGUGUUUCUGGUGCCAGUAUUCGGUUUGUUUGCCGUGCUCACCGUGUCCAUUCUGCUGGUAAUGGAGGGAUUGUCGGCCUUCUUGCAUGCUCUGAGGCUACACUGGGUGGAAUUUCAAAAUAAGUUCUACAGUGGGACUGGUACCAAGUUCAGCCCCUUCACCUUCUCUGCCUUCCACACCAGUAUGGACAGCGAGGGCUUGCUCUGAGUGGGACCCAGUAGGAGACCAACCCUCCACACCAGUAUGGACAGUGAGGGCUUGCUCUGAGUGGGACCCAGGAGGAGACCAACCCUCCAAGCUCUUUUCUUCCUGUACUACCACUGCUGACCAGAAUGUAGAAACCAUGAGAUGUAUAUUUCACUGGUCUCCCUGUAUAAAUUCAACUAAAUUAGUGUUUCAUUUAUAGUGUUUGGACACCAGAGUAUUGAAAAUCAGCUUGGUCACAAAAGGUUGCAUUUUAAUAAACAUUAUCAAGUGUGUGUGUAUAUGAGCACUCAUUUUUUUUAAGUACUUUUACUUUUAUGAUUUGCUGGUAGGCUCUGGUACAAAGUAAUUAUCAAGCAUUCUCUCUCUGUGCUGAAUAUUGACAUAGCAUAUGUCUGUCUCUCUGUGCUGAAUAUUGACAUAGCAUAUGAAUAGCAUAGCAUAUGUCUGUCUCUCUGUGCUGAAUAUUGACAUAGCAUAUGAAUAGCAUAGCAUAUGUCUGUCUCUCUGUGCUGAAUAUUGACAUAGCAUAUGUCUGUCUGUAAUCAGAAUAGAAAUGUAGCUCUUAGCUCUCUGCACAUUCCAUGAAUAAUUCCCACAAGGUUUAAACCUGAACUGUUUUUGACCUUGUUUUUGAAUUGUUCUGUUCUGCGUGUUAUGAUUUUAAAAAUCAACCUUGUUAUUAUUUAAUGAAGAUUCCUCUUUCUGUACUUUUUGCCUUGUGUACAUACAAUGCAACUUACACACCCAUGGCAAGAACAGAGUUGUUAAAGAAGUCUUAAAGCUUAAAUACUGGUGCCAAUUACUUGAUUGUGGAUUCUAGUCUUUAUACUCUUUAUACAAGUGAAAUGUGAGAUUCCAACUUGUUAGAGCUGUCCUGAUGAACCUGUGUGUGAUUGGAUCAUGAUGCUGUUUUUCACUCUACUUCCUAUAUUCUUUCACCUCUUCCAGCACUAUUUAAUGUACCCUCUGUGUGUAUUCGUCAUACGUCUCUGUUGACCAUUAAUAUGAAUGCACUUCCUACUCAGUGCUUGCAGGUUGCGGUAUCAACACAGUAAAUACAGAUUGCUAAACAA